GCCCGCCCAGCCGGCGCCGCCCGCGCUGCCACACGCACCCACUCCCGCACACGCCCGCGGUGCCCGCGGCCUCUGCAGGGGAAGGAACUGAUCGAAACUCCAGGUAGAAGAUAAAUUUUGGAAUAAGAAGACACUUGUGUACACUGAAAAGAAAUCACAGAAGGAUUGUUGAGAAGAAUCUAGAGUACAAGUUCUGGUAGGAAAAUGACUCGCCUGGCACGGGAGCAGGAGUUAUGAGCCAUGUCCCAGUGAGACCGGCGGAAUUAAGAGCAAAUGCCUGGAGAAGUCCAGUUGCACAGAGCAGUGCUACGGCUCUUGUGAGCUGCGGGUAUCGACGCCUCUCAGACUCGCUUCUCUGGCCCCGAGCACUCUGCCAAUAUUUCCUGCCCCACGAAUGGCUACUCAGAGGAAGCACUUGGUGAAAGAUUUCAAUCCUCAUAUCACCUGCUAUAUCUGUAAAGGCUAUCUCAUCAAGCCAACCACAGUAACCGAGUGCCUCCAUACCUUUUGUAAGACUUGUAUCGUUCAACACUUUGAAGACAGCAAUGACUGUCCCAGAUGUGGCAACCAAGUGCAUGAGACCAAUCCACUAGAAAUGUUAAGGCUGGAUAACACCUUAGAGGAAAUUAUAUUUAAGUUGGUGCCUGGACUUCGAGAACAGGAACUGCAGCGAGAGAUCGAAUUUUGGAAGAAAAACAAACCUCAAGAAAAUGGACAAGAUGAAAGUCCAAAAGCUGAUAGACCCAAAGUAGAUGAGGAGUGUGAUGAAAAUGAAGAAGAUAAAGACUAUCACAGGAGUGACCCACAGAUUGCUAUCUGCCUCGACUGUUUACGCAACAAUGGGCAGUCAGGAGAUAAUGUAGUCAAAGGUUUAAUGAAGAAAUUUAUCCGCUGUUCUACUCGAGUGACUGUGGGAACUAUCAAAAAGUUUCUCAGCUUAAAAUUGAAACUUCCAAGUUCUUACGAGCUGGAUGUACUAUGCAACGGAGAAAUUAUGGGGAAGGAUCAUACUAUGGAAUUCAUCUAUAUGACAAGAUGGAGACUAAGAGGCGAAAACUUUCGGUGUCAGAACUGCUCAUCUUCGCAAGUCUGCUCACAGGAUGGCACUUUUUAUCAGUCUUACCCUAUGGUACUUCAGUAUCGACCUAGAAUUGACUUCGGUUAGACCAAAGGGCCAGAUCCCACUGAGAUGAAUCCUGCACUAUUUGUUUACCCAUCGACAGAUUGCACAAUGAAUGGAUGUGCCUGGAUUGGGGGGACACAGCCAGAUUUUCAGCAUGCAAAUAAGGACAUUGUCUUUCUUAAAAUUGUCAGUUGCAUCUCUGUUGUUUCUAUUAGAGCAAGCCAAGUGCCAUUCUGCUACUGAAAUGUGCAUAAGAUAUUUGUGUAUCUUAAGGGUGUGCUGCAAAUCAUAGCCAAAAUCAUGAAAUGUACAGUCAAGAUUCAAAAACUAUGGAAUAUUUUUGCUUGCGUGUUAGAAAAUUUUUCUGGUCCUAAUAUUGAUUACAUUAGCAAAAUGGCAGAGUGCUCAUUCCAUGUGGUGUUGCAGUUUCACACACUUACUAUUUUACUGAAUAUUGUUGUUUAAAUCAUAGAGUACUGUACAAAUAACUAAGGAUUAUACCUUGACGAUAUUUUGUAUAGAAAAUAUAUUUAGAAAAGUGGUUGUUGGGCCACUACCUUUUUCUUGAUGAGGUUCUCAUGGGUCCAGGUAUAGCUCGCUCAUGAGUGUGCAACAGUCCUUUUGCAGUGAAUGAAGAUUAAUUACACUUAACAGGAGAUGUAGAACAUGAUAAUUCAAAACAGUAAUUUUAAAUCUUCUAAAUAGAUUCUACUAUUAUUGCUUAAAAGCAUUGAAGCCUUUGUGAUUGCACUUUUCUAUGGUUUCCCUGAAGAUUGGAAUUUGGGAUACUACCUAUUUUUGGAAAAUGGUUUCUGGUCAGAUUACGUUUUUUCUAAUUAAGCUUCCGCAAAAAUGAAGCUAAAAUAAUAUAAAUGUCUAUGGAAAAAAUAAAUUUCACUACAAAAUUACAACCAAGGCAAAAUUUUACAUAAUUAUUACCUCUCAUAAAAAGCAUUUCCUUUCAAGAUUGGAUGGAGGUCUAUAGUAUGUGAAGACAAAAAUAAUAUAUAGCUUUAAUUACAUAUUGUACCUCUUGCAACUAUCUGGAGUUUAGAAUUCAUUACAGAAAUUUUCAUUAGUUAAAGUCACAUCAUAAAACUAUUUCCAUAAAAUUAGAGGUAGUGCAAUACUGAAGAUAAGCAGUCUGACCAAUAUAAUUGUUCAGGUCAUCUUUUUUUUCUAAGACCUGGUAGUGCUGGAUAAAGCGAUUGUUGCCUUAGGUAUUGCAAGCGUAAUGGUUCUAGCAUGGAAUUUUUUUGGGGGUUUCGGGUAAUGUUGCAGGGAGCAUAGCAAUGUGUAUGUUUUCUGUAGUCUUCCAUUGUCUUUGCUUAAUAGUCAGUUGAGUUUUUCUCUUCAAGUUCUCUGGAGAUAUUUAUAGUUCAGUAACUUUAUGUAAUUUCUACUUAAUAGAUGCCUGCUAGUGUUGUAGAUAGCUAUUUACUUUUUUUAUGCCUUUUGCAUACAGCAAAAAGGAACCAAAUUAAUUUUUCAGAAGCUACUGUAGAGUGAACUGGUCUUAGACAAAGUGAAAAUUCUUUCUUGGGAUCAAGUAUAAAAGAUGGAUGCAAGGCUGUAAAUCCUUUGUAAGUGUAUGUCCAUGUACAUUAGUAUGUUCUGUAGGAGAAAUAAGCAUGUUGUGGACUAAAUCUGGCCCCUGUAAUGAUGUUAGGAGUUCUAACAUUGAUGACUUGAGGAACAUCAUGCCUAGGGCAGGUUGAAUUCUACCAUUGCACACCAAAGCCCAUAUGACACACAGAAAUAAAGAUGCUGUCGGUAGCAGUCUGUUUAGGAAACCUGCUAUUGCAGGUCAGGUUUGCACAUAUUGUGCAGGUGCCAGUGGGACUGGGAAAGCAAAAUGUUAAGGAAGUUGCUGCCCCUUUCUGCAGGCACAGUGUGCUGGCCGAUACAGGCACGUGUUCGUGGGAAGGGGUGCAUGUACUGGCUGCAGGGAGCAGUCACCUUUUUGCCCUCCCAGUCUGUGAUGUGCUACUUGACAGAAAGAAAAUUUUCCAUGUAGGGAGGGCCCUUCUCUGCAGAGCCUCUGGGGAAAAAUAGAUUCUUUGUGUGUAUAGAGGUUCUCCUCAUGGAGCAGCUUGGAAGAGCAAAGCAUACAUUCUGAUUGCGAAUCAUUUUUUCUCUUUAGUAUACAUAAUUAUUUUGUACAGUAGAAAUAGGGUAUUAUUUGUAAAUAUUUACAUGCACACACAAAUGACACCUUACAGUUUUUAUAUAUUUCAUGUGUUUUUAUACCAGAAUUUUCACUGUAGAUUUGCUUGACAUAAAACACCUGUUUCAAUUUAUCACAAAGGUAAUGGUAGGAUGCUUAAGCAUAAUUUCUGCUUCGUUCAGGGCACAGUUCAGGGCUGAGUUUUUUUCUCAGCAAUUGUACUUGCUGUUUUGACAAAUUUGAACAGACUUGUUUUAAAAAGACAGGAAUGCAUCAUUUUUAAUCCAUCCACCUAACAGGGCCCCUGUAAUAGCACUGUUUUCGUGUUGCCUUUGGAAUGGUUCCUAGUAGAAGCUUUCUUUGACUGUUUGAUAACUUUCUGUAUUCAUAAUUCAGAGAACUGUGAAUUCUCUCGAUCAGAAUUGGACAUUGUUUUAACUCAUGGUAUUUUCUUGAUGCAAGUUAAAUCUAGGUUACAGAAGACAAAUCUUCAUUUUAAGCAUGGAAAAUACUGACAGAUCUGAAUCGAUGUUCCCAGCUAAGAAUGGUGGCAUUAAAUGCAUAUGAGCUAACCACCUACACUUUAUGCAUUUCUGAUUUGAUGGCACAGUGCCCGAGUGCUGCUACAGUUUAAUAGUUUUUGUAACAGUGAAGUGCCAGUGAAAUACGUAUCUUAACUGGGCAGCUUAUAUAGCACAGGCAUUGCCUUCCUUACGGGAAAUUUUUCUCCUAUAUAGUACAUAUGUGCCAUAUGUCUACAGAUAUGCAUAUUUAAUUCAUUUGUGCCAACUAAGAGUAUCUGAGCACCAUAGGAAUAUGAGAAUGCAUGUGUAGAUUCCUGUGUGCCAAAGACGGGGUGAAGUGAAAUGAGUACCUAAGUAUUCCCUUCAGACUGCACCAUAUGCCAUCCUAGAGCAGAUGCCUGGAUGGAGUCACACUUUCUGAGCAUUCCAUGACAAAGUGUCACCACUGCAUGCUUGUAAAGCAUAGGAAUAUAAGUGUUGCUGCCACUGUGUUUCUAUGACUUUCCCAUAUCAGAAAUAUCUAGCUGCAGAGGGAUAAGACCUAAAAAAUUCUGCACUACUACCUAACCUUGCUGUCUCUUAUUUAGCACAUUUGGUGCUGCUUUGUUUUUCCCUUAAAGUGAAAAACUCAUUCAUUAGAGUCAUAAGCAACUUUUUGUUCAGCAUAGCUGAUUGCUGCAUUUAUCUAGUAACAAGCUGUAAGCUAGAAUUCACAGACAAGAUCUUAUAACAUCUCAAACAAUACGGAAUUAGAUGAUUAACCAAGAAAUGUAUCUUCCAUCAUGCAUUACUACACUGCUGGUAGCUAAGGGCCUAGUCCUGUAAACUUUUUUGUUCCUUUUAAAUACCAAAUAAGAUUACUACAAUAACUUAAGUGACUCACCACUAUAGUAGGUACUGCUCACUUGAAAGCUUCUGGGAUUUGGGUCCUAGGAGUAUGCAAUGCUGUAAGUAUAUUCUGCAUACUCAGCUAGUUUGCAGUAAUUGUGCAAAAAAAAUAUAAAAGUAUUAUUUUGACUUUAUUGAAAAUGUUAUACAAAACAAAGUGCCUGAUUAUUAAUACAGAAUACCUUUUCAGCCCAUUAUUUGCAUUUGACAGGGUAAUAUUUGCUUCUGUAUUUUAUCUAUGGUCUUAAUAUUUUCAGCAAGAAUAUUUCAUAAACAUGCUGUACUGAGAAGCUUUCCGGGGAAAAAGGCAUAAAAAGAAAUAUGCCCUUUUAGAUAACUUAAACCCUAUCUCAGUAGAAAUUAUAUGAAAAAAUACUUUUAUAUUGAAAAUAUUCCAUUUUCUGCAUAAGGGACCCUUUAAUUCUGAAUCUUGGUGUGUUUUCCUCUAUAGGUUCCAGCAAUAUGACUUCACUUUUCUGUUAUUGAAAACAGUUCUAGUGCAUCAGGAGAAAAGAGAUUGAUCCCAUUCCAUUUAGAGAGAAGCUAGGCUCUUAUUCUCUGAUGCAGACAAAGUAAUGGUCCAGAGUUUCAUCUCAUCUCUCCCAUGUAUAAGUUACACAUGACCUUGUGAGAGACAUAAACUAUUUUUCCUUCUCUGCUGCUUUCAAAAAUAACAAAAUAGGCCAGGGUUUAGUCCUUUAAUUGAAUCAGUUACUGAGCUUUAUCAUUUGUGGGUUUUUUUAUGUUUUCACGUAAGUGAAAACAAGAAGAGGCAUCCACACCCCAGAAAAAACAUUCUUGAGAGGACUUGCAACAAAAGAAAUAGCAUCCAGCUCAGCCAGAUACUAUGUCUGGUAGAAAUACUAGAGAACAGAUAGCUGUUCAAAGCCAAUCCUAAAUCUCAAAAUAAACAGACUGAGCCUUGUGUAUAGAGGGGCUACACAAAAUACUGGGCAGUUACAUGCACUGAUUGAACUUAUUUUUAUCCUGGAAAAGUGCAAAGGCAUUAAGAUUUACAUGCCUAUCUAAGAGCUUAGUCCAGUUUCUUCACUUAAUCUGACAGGGUGAAGGCAUCUCUAUGCUUCCUACGAAAAUGCAUAUAUCAUGCAGCAUAUUCCCCUCUGAUUUUACUUUGUGCUUUGUUAUCUUAUUAUUUUCUCAGUUAAAAUGUCUUAAGCAGGCACUUUCUGUCCUCUAAUUAAUUCUAGGUCAUUACACAUCUUUUACCCUUUCCCAUACCCCACCCCAUUUCAUACCCAACAGGUUAAAACAUUGAGGAAUUAUGAAGGCGAAAUUGCCCAUGAGGUGUCAGCUCACACGUUUCAUUCAUCAGGCAGCUCUCACAGAUUUCAGCCGAGUUUUCACAGUUCUGCAUUUUGAAUCCUUUAUAGCCCGUUUGAACAAGGUCAUACUUCCACAAGGGGUUGAGCUAAAUACACUUGUUUGAGUAAGGAUUGCAGUCUGCCAGAGUGUGCUCCAAGAUGAAUAACAAGACAUGAGGGGAUUGAUUCACCCUAAAGGAAAUGUGAAAAGCUUCCAACUGCACAUUUACCACUAAUUUUGUGACAUAGGGAUUGUCUGACCUUCAGACCUCAGCUGAAACAUCCAUUGUAGGAAUGUCCUCCAACAGAUGAUCUUGUAAUGUUAAUAUAUUUCUCUUCAUAAGCAGACUUAGCUGUUGAUUGUCUAAUUGCUGUCUGCACUGUCUGUAGAGCAAAUUAAAGCAUUAGAUUCCAGAAUAGGAAUUUGAUUAAUUAAUGAAUUCCUGACAGAUUUUUCUAUCCAAGGUAUGUGCCAUAAAUCUUUUGAAUUCAGGUAGCUUGCUGCUACAGUUGAGUAAGGCCGUGGUUUCAUUCUCUAGUGAGCAGUUUGGGUCUGUGUGGUUCUGGAGUGUGGCAGUGAAACGGAGGAGCUCUGUAGAUGGGUAGAAAUGUCUCAGUUAUCUUUUGCACUUGCAGAAGGAGACCAUGUUCUGUAAGCUCAGAAUAGAGGAGGAUUCUGGAAUGAAAGAUGUCUACAAGUUGAAAGUUUUUGCCAUUACAUUAAUUUUAACCAAAGAGAGGCAUUCGUUUGACUUUGCUUGUUUUUCUGAACCAUUAGGCAUACUUUUCUUUGAAGUUCAUACUAGAACUUCUAUGUAUUUUUAGGAAAUACUUCUAACAUGGUUGACAGUUGACAGGAUGAGGUGAACAGAAGUAGCUACUGUGCAUUUUCCUUUUUUCUUGUGAUAGCGAGUGGAAAGCAAAGUAAGAGUUGAGGGAAGGUUGCUAUUCGAUACACAAAAUCGCUGCAACAGUAUAACAUUUUGCUGCUAGUUAACAUACUGAGGUUUUUAUUACAAAUGAAGUUGUAAUGAAGAUGUUUAUUAUCAAAGUGCAAGGCACAUAUUUUAUGAUGGUAUUCUACUCCUAAAAUUCAGUUUUGUAUUGAGUAUGGUAGGUAUUGUUCCUGUUGCCUCCUGAAUUUUGAUGCAGUAAAAUGAAAUGGGCUCCCUUUUUACUGA